AUGGCUGCCCACAACUACUUCUACGGUGAGGACAAGGCGCCAAAGGUUCGGCAGGACCAGGAAGGUCUCGAGCUCGCUCCGGCAGGCCUGGAAGUUGUACCCCGAGAAUACCCUCGAGAAUACCCCCAAGAGUACCCCCGAGAAUACCCUCUCGACUUAUCACCAAAGCACGACUAUUCGACGAAGUCUCCGGUCGAAUGGACCGCGACCACUCAAUGGACGGCAUCAGGUUGGAGUGACUCUGAGCAUGGCACACAAGCUCGCGCAGCCGAGACAGCUCCCGCUCCCGCCCCCGCUCCCCCGGGAAAGGACGAGCGCAAGCGGCAGCGGAAGCUAAUAUGUGGGCUGACGGUGCCGGUAUUCUGGGCGCUACUCGUUUUCCUCGUCGUCGUGCUAGCGGCCGGCAUAGGCGGUGGUAUCGCCGGGGGCAUAGCAGUACAGCGUAAUGCCGACUCCUCAUCCCCCACCGGCGCCAAUGGUACAUCCACGACACCAUCAUCAGCGACGUCAUCGCCAACAGCAUCGUCAUCAGCAGCGGCAUCAUCAGCGACAGCCGACGCCACGACCCCCACGGACGGCGGCUGCUGGGGCAUAGAUGGCAAGACUUACAUGCCCUACGCGGUCGACGGAAGCGAUAUCCCGCUAGAGGCCGGGCUGGCAGGGCAACAGUUCGAGCAGCAAUGCGGAACCAACUGGGUGUCAUCGGACAGCACAGGAACGCACGAUAUCAUGCGCAUCUUCAUGCCCACCCUCGAGACCUGCAUCGAGACCUGCGCCGAGUACAACGCUGGGUAUCGGGCAAGCGUGCAGGCGGGCGUCGCAGUCGGUGGCGGCUACUGUCGCGCCGUGUCCAUCACCAAGGCGCAGGCUGGCUUCUGUCUUUUGAAGAAUGGAACUGGGACCAAUGAUACUUCCGGCCAACCAGACCGCUACUCCAGCGCUGUGCUGACUACCCUCAUAAGUGGGGAUAUAUAG